UGGUGUUGCACACACACACACAUACAGAGACACAGAGAGAGAGUUGUGGCGCCUGCCUGCCUGCCGGCCGAGUAGCUGCAGCACCAGCCCCGGGGCAGCGGGACUAGGAGUUGAGGCCGUGCUCUCCCUCCUCUGCAGAGAGACAGGAGCGGCUUGGAGCACACCCCGACCCCCCACACACACGGGCCACCGGCUCACACCCUCCCCAUGCAGUCGGGCGCUUUGGAUUCCGCCAGUCCCUCGGUUUGAAGAGCGGCUCACGUUUGCUAUGCGGCGCAGCAGCUCCCGUACAUGUAAGUGAAACGGCAAAACCCCUGGAGGUGCCUGGAGAGAGACGCGAGAAUGCCAGCCCCUGUGCGUACGGUCCCUGCGCACAUUCACACACGCUGAUUGUCUUGCUGCGGUGUUGAUGGUGCGUGGGCCUGGACUGAGCUGAUGGUGUGUGAUGGAGCUGAAGGUGUGGGUCGAUGGAGUCCAGCGCAUCGUGUGUGGUGUCAGCGAGGCCACAACCUGCCAGGAGGUGGUCAUUGCUCUCGCCCAGGCCAUUGGGAGGACUGGUCGGUACACUCUGAUCGAGAAGUGGAGGGAGACGGAACGUCACCUGGCCCCGCAUGCCAGCCCGCUGGGGGCCCUGAGUAAGUGGGGCCAGUACGCCAGCGACGUGCAGCUGAUCCUGCGCCGCACGGGGCCCUCCCUGAGCGAGCGGCCCGCCUCGGACACUGGGGGCCGGGGGCCGGAGAGAACGUUGUACCGGCAGAGUCUGCCCCCCCUGGCCAAGCUCAGGCCCCAGAACGACAGGUCACUGCGGCGGAAGGAGCCCAAGAGGAAGUCCUUGACUUUCACCGGGAGCCCAAAGGGGUUUGUGGACGUUUUCGGAAAGUGCAAGGACUCGGAGUCCAGGCCGCAGGGCCCGGCCCCCAGAAGCGGCCUGGACGAGUUCAAGCGGGUGGUUCAGCGCCAGAAGGAGAGGCUCCAAGCACUGGACAGGCAGCUGGAGUCCAACCGGGCAGAGACCAGGUACUGGGAGGGGAAGGCCAGCUCCCGCGUGGAGGAGGAGACGGUGAGGUUGCAGCAGCGCAUCAGGAAGAACGAGGUGGAGAUCGAGGAGGAAGAGUUCUGGGAGAACGAGUGGCAGAUCGAGCAGGAGAACGAGCGGCAGCUGAAGGAGCAACUGGAGGAGGUGAGGCGCCGCAUCCGGGACUCCGAGCAGAAGCUGACGGAGUGCGCGCAGAAGACCCAGGCCGUCGAGAGCGGCAUCGAGGCGGAGAAGCUGCAGCAGCAGCUGGAAGGGGCGCAGGUCAACGAGGAGGAGGUGAAGGGGAACGUGGUCAAAAUCAGGAAGGAUAUCGAGCUGAAGUACCAGCACAGCACCAGGCUGCAGAACAGCUUGCGGGCUGUGGAGAGAACUUUGGGUCAAGUCAAUAAAAAGCUUCAGGAGAAGGAGCAGGAGUUGGAGCAGCUGACCAAGGAGCUUCGACAGGUCAACCUCCAGCAGUUCAUCCAGCAGACGGGGACCAAGGUGACCAUCCUGCCCGCCGAGCCUAGCGAGGACGAGCUGCCUCCGUACCAGGAGAAAGCUACCGUGCCAUCAACAGGAUCGCUGAAGUGGCCCCCUUCCACACGCCAGCUGCCCAGCAACCUACGAAUUCUGCAGAACCCGCUCAUCUCCGGCUUCAACCCAGAAGGCAUCUACGUCUAACUUCACAAUGUAGCCACCACCAGCUGGCCCCAAGCUGCAGGUUACUCUCUGAUGGCCACUGGUGAUAAUACUGACCACUGGGGCUAGGAUGGGGCCAGAGGGGCAGAAGGGUGUGGCGUGCAGUGGUGUGUCACUAUAGUGCCCGCUCUACUCAAGGCGUUAGACUGUGGUGCUGCAUACGUUUUUUUCGAGGGGCUUGACACUGGUAUUUGUUCAUCUAAAGAUUUUUUUUAAACCUGGUUCAAUUUGCGUAAGUUAUAGGAGCGCAGGCCAUUCGGCCCAUCAGGUUUACUCCACCACUCAAUGAUGGCUGAUCUAUCUCUCCCUCUCAACCCCAUUCCCCUGCCUUCUCCCCAUAACCCCCGACACCUGUACUAAUCAAGAAUCUGUCAA